UUAUCGUAUUUGAUUUUUGUUUUUUUUCGGUUCCCUAACAGACCCGCCAAUUUCGGGAAGAAUCGGAGGAAAAUUUGAUGGAAAAUUCCAACAAGGUUGAAGCAGAACGCUUGCUUGGAAUCGCUGAGAAACUCUUGCACAACCGUGAUUUCACAGGCUCCAAAGAUUUCGCCAUCUUAGCUCAAGAAACAGAGCCUCUUUUGGUUGGCUCCGAUCAGAUCUUAGCGGUUGCGGAUGUGUUAUUGGCAUCGGAGAAGCGAAUCAACAACCACAAUGAUUGGUAUUCGAUUCUUCAGGUUGAACGGCAAUCUGAUGAUUCGGAUCUCAUCAAGAGGCAGUAUCGGAGACUCGCGUUACUUCUACAUCACGACAAGAACAAAUUUCCUUACGCUGAUCAAGCUUUCAAGCUGGUUGCAGAUUCGUGGGCUGUAUUGUCCGACCACUCGAAGAAAUCACUUUAUGAUAAUGAGCUCAGUCUCUCUGCUAAGAUCGAUUUGUCCCAGCAGAACAAAUUUCCGGUGCGCCGAAGCCAACGAUCCAGUUGGAAGAAAGAGCACGAGUUUGAGAGUAACGAUGGCGCCAAGGCCGAUCAAUCUCCAAAUCAGCGGGUGAAAUUAUCGAGUUUCUGGACCGCUUGCCCUUACUGUUAUGUGUUAUUGGAGUAUCCUAGGGUUUAUGAGGGUUGCUGUUUGCGGUGUCAGAAUUGCAAGAGGGCAUUUCAGGCGGUGUUGCUUCCGUCUCUUCCGCCGCUCGUUCAGGGCCAGGAAGCCUACUAUUGCUGCUGGGGUUUCUUUCCGAUGGGGUUUGCCGCUCAAAUUCCCGAGAAAGGUGGGAAGGGUGGCGAAACAGCUGCACCUGCGACAGCGUUCCCCAAUUGGAUGCCCCCAAUAUUCUCCAACAAGCCGCAAGAAACUAGUGGGAAUGGAGAAACUGCGGCGGCGGAGGAGACGGUGACAGGUAGUGAAAGAGCGGCGGCGGUUGCUAGGACUCCGAUUGUGAGUGACACUGGCACAGGGAAGAGGGGCAGGCCGCGGAAACCGCCGACUGCAGCCUAAGUUAUUGUAAAUUUUUUCGAGAAUUAUGAUAAUAUUUAUGGAGCCGAUUGGAAAUGCCUGAUUCUCUCGUUGUUGUAGUCUUUAUAUUGAGCGGUUGUAUUCAGACGAGUUAGAACAAAGACGGCGGAAGCUGGGGAAACCUGAGGUAACAUUUGGUGCAAUGUUGAGCUUACUGUUUUCUUUGUUGAUUUUAGGCUUCGGUUGUAGAAACUAGAUGGGUAGUUCCUGAUUUUCCUCUGCAUGUUCAUAUGUAAUACGUAACUUUAUUCAAACCACCAAUGAUAAUUUGGAGUUCUUUAUCCAACCCCAUUUGAGGCUGCCACUGCCAACCACUUUCUGCAGGUUGCUAUGAACACAUCACAGUUCACGCCUAUCAUCUCAUGAACUGAAUUAUGGAUUCGAAAUGGGAGUUGCCCAUUUCACAGUUAAUAGUUCUCUGCUUAAGCGUUGCUCUUCUUCUAUCCGUCGUCAGCAUCGACCUAGUACAAUUGGCUAUGGCGAAGUUCUUCCCUCCAAUCAAUGCUGGAUUUCUGUUCGACUUCAGUCGGUAAGCAGAUCAAAACUACACGUCUUAUGUAAUGUAUCUAUCAGCUUUAUGACUUAUAAAUUAAUGUGUUGAGACUGAAUCUCAACCUGACUUGCUACUGUUGGUUUUCAUAGUUAUUGGACCUAUCCAUGCUUUUUUUUGCAAUC